AUGACGCUCUGUUAUGUGGGUAAGGCCACCAAGAUUUUCUUCUUCUUGGUGGCUCUCCUUGCGUUGGCGGGUCUGGUAGUAGGCUUCGGCCUUCUCCGCCGCGGAGGGGCCAAUAAGGCCCACGGUGGAGGCCCGCCUUCCACCACUUUCCCGGAUCCAUUACCAGCCAACGCCACCGCUACGGCACCAGCCUCAUCCGCCAAACCCGAACCCCUCUCACCACCCUCCGCCAUUUCCGCCGCAAGCCCCAUUGUUUCUCAGCCACCACCGCCUGGGGCACCUGCUGUUGGUUCUCCUCCGCCACUUCCCCCCGCGGUUUCCGCCACAAACCCGGCGUCGCCACCUGCCUUCCUCGUGCCACCUGCUCCAGUCUCCAAUGCAGUCAGUCCCGAAGGACCUUAA